CGGAGGAUUGUCUUUAUCUGAAUAUAUAUGCCCCGAAGAAACCUAUGCAAGGCGAGAAACUCGCGGUUAUGGUUUGGUAUCAUGGUGGCGGAUUUAUUGUAGGAUCAGCGGAUAUCUAUCCGGCGGAUCAUCUUGCUGUAUACGGAGAUGUUGUUGUAGUAACUGUUAACUAUAGACUGACAAUUUUUGGAUUCCUGAGCACCGGGGAUGAACACGCUCCUGGCAAUUACGGUUUGUGGGACCAACGGAUGGCAUUAGACUGGGUUAACAAGAACAUUGAAGGAUUUGGCGGGGAUCCAACUAGGGUUACUAUAUUUGGAGAAUCAGCCGGCGCUGCUAGUGUGAUUUAUCAAGGACUUUUUUCGGGUAAUCGAGGCUUGUUUCAGAGAUUGGUGGCCCAGUCCGGUUCCGCGGGUUCCUGGUGGGCAAGUAACGACAAUUACAAAGAAGACACCGAGAAGCUUGCGAAAUUAGCUGGCUGUGCAACGGAGUCUUCUAAAGACAUUGUAACUUGCUUAAAGGCUAUCCCAGGUGAAACAUUGCUUGGAAUUGUUGACAAUCUUGAGAAUGGCUUUAAAGCAGUCCCUAUACCUUUUAUACCAAGAUUUGAUAAGGACUUUGUAAAACUUCCAAGUAAACAAACAUUUGUCCCUGGCAAUGAAUUACCAGUGGAGUCACGUGACUUUUUCAGGUCAUUAGAUAUAAUGGUUGGAAUGAACUGCGGAGAAGGUAGCUUGUCGUUAAGUCCUUUCUUUGGAGUAACAGAUCCCCCUAGUUUCUUACCGAAUAAGACCGACUUCAAGGACUUGAUCGUACCAGCAAUACAAAACCUUGCAUUUCCGGGAAACACUGACCAAAUUAUCAGGGACGCCAUAAUUGCAGAAUACACGAACUGGGAAAACCUUGAUAAUAAAUAUCUAAUUAGAGAUGAGUUUCUAGCAAUGUAUUCAGAUUUUACAUUUACGGACCCGCUUUACUGAGCUUUGGAUUAUCACUCUGAAUCAACCAAUAAUACUUACAUGUACUACUUUGAUGAGGUUACCACCAACCAUUUGUUUGGAACUGUCCCAUGGUAUAACAAGCUGGGGCAUGGCGACGAGAUUCCUUUUAUUUUUGGAUUUAAAAAUGCGGACCAUGUACACGACUGGAAGUUUUAUGCCAAGGAAUGGGAAGCCCAGCUGUCUAAAAGUGUUAUCAAAUUGUGGGCAAACUUUGCAAAAACAGGGAAUACAAACCUACCUGACAACCUUGACCUUGACUGGUUGCCGUAUACGAGGAGGCAUCAACAUUACUUGCAAAUAUCACGUGAUAUGACGUCAUUGAACGUAAAACAACGCUGGAAUACGCGUAGAGCUAAUUUCUGGGGAAAUCUACUUCCAAGCAUUGUAAAAGCAUCACAAUGUGCACGUGACACUAAGGAUUCCGGACAACAAAGUUGUCUAGCAACGGGAAAAUGUCCUCCAUAGAUUGUGCAGGUCUACUCUACUCAAUCUUUAUCGAAUAAUACAUCACAUAUCGGACUUACCCUGAUAUCCACGCACACACAACACCCGAACGUCUUAUUCUGUGAAAAACCCUUCAGCAACGUUAUGGAAAAUUAUUUUAUAUGGUUUAUAGAUUAUAAAAGUUUUAUCUAAUAAUAAAUUCAGUUCCAACAAUAAUAAAUUUAAUGAUUUUUUGUAAUUAGCACGAUUUUAACUGUGAUGAUUGUACCUAUGAAGAUUUUUUUAAAUGUACCUUUCACAUGUGAAGAGAUUUAGAAAGUUGUAAUUAAGUCGCAUAAAGCUGUAGACCCAGACUGUUUUUUAAACGUAUAUUUUAUUGAGUCUAUUAACAUUAUAUGUUAUCAUUUGUGCGAUAUUUAUAAUGCCAUUUUUGGACUCUGAUACUCUAUACUAUAUACGUGACAUCUUAACAAUUUGUGUAUUUAUAUUGUAGUGAUGAUAUAGUAUGUACUAUGUUAUAUUCUGUUUAAAAUUUAUUUAAUAUGUGUGCUGAUCUAUGUGGGGAACAAAAUACAGUCAAACCUCAACAGAGCGCACUUCUGGUAGAGCAAUUACUCCUUAACAACAACAACAGUAUCAUUACUUCCCAAAAUAUGGCUUCACAAUGAAUUUAACUGUCUCAAGAGCCCACUUGUCUGCAACGUCCAAGAACUUUGUGUUUCACAAAGGGUGACCUUCUGCAGAGGUUGUAUUGGCCUUGAGGUUAUAAAACUUUUUUUUCUGUGUUCUAUCUCAGAUCUCUGGAUUUUCAUUGUUCAGUGAAUAUUCUAUGACAGUUUAUGACCAAUUAAAUACAUGAUAUCUGAGUUUGAGCUUUCUUUAUAACCUCAGACCCAUGUGUUUAUUUCACAACAAAGAAAGCAAAGGUUAAGUUUUUGUAUUAAUAAUUUAGACCAUGUAACGAAAAGUAGCGAAUAAAGUCCGUCAAUUCAAAUUAAAUCAUGUUUUUUAUUUUGAACAUUGGCGAAGAAAAAGCAACACCUUUUUUGCAUGAUAUUCAUGACUUGUCAGAUAUAAUCAAAGAAAAUAAAAACUGGGAAUAAGAAGAUAUUUUUAUGCAUUUUUUCUCUCGAUUUACUCAAAAAUCUAAACUUUGGCCAAGCCUUUGCUACAAAAAAAAGAGAACAAGGAAAAUCGUAUACAAUUUUAAAUCUUUAUUUUGCGAAGAAAAGAAAAGGAAAUAUUGACAAUGUAAAUGUAUACCAAGUCUUAAUUGUUAGUGUCAAAUCCAUACAAAUGUCGAAAUAUAAAGAAAAUUAAAGAAACUGUUGAAAGUAGUAGAAUCAAAUCAAUUUAAAAUAGAUUGACAAUGAGAUUCAAAACUGAAUGAAAAAAAUACCUCUAAAAUUGAGUAUACAUGUAUAGUCAAAAUAAAAUGUUGGAAUUUAAGAGCAUAAAAUCGAUGGAAAGUGUUGAGUAUGAAACCAAUGUAAAAUGUAAAGAGUAAAAUAUAAAAUCAAUGUAAAAUGUUGAAAGUUAGAAAAGAUGUAAAAGAAAUGUAACCUGAAGAAAACAAAAUGUACAAAAUGUUUGUGACAUCAAUGUUAAAAGUUAAAAUGUAAAGUACAAAAUUAAUGUAAAUAUAAAGUACAAAAUCAAUGUAAAAUGUUGAAAAAGUUUAAGACAAAGAUUAUACAAUAAAGAAAUAUUGCGACUUUGCGAAUAAUUGGCAAACAAAGUACUUGUAUUUAACUUUUGCGUUUGAUCAAGGAAUGUAAAUGGAUUCAUUUUUUAUAAAGAUCACUAAAGCAGCAUGCCCUCAAGAUUAGCAAAAAUAUUUCGAUAAAUUUAAACUUGAGAAAAAAUGUAUUCAAAGUUUAGGAAAAGUAGAAAGAUUCAAGAUUUGAGUAAUACAUGUA